AUGUCUACUCCAGUUCAAUCCUCAUUGGCUGGCCUCAAGGCAUCCACUGCUCAGCUUGUGGGCAUCAUUGCCAGUGCUCGGCACAUCCCGGCCGGCACAGUGGAUGUCCACCUUGCUCUGACAAAACAGGUCACCACUCUCUUGGGUGACAUCAUCCGGGCACAUGAGAAAGGGGAUUACAUCCCUGGUAUUGUGGCUUCCUGUUCUAAGGAGCUGAUUAGGGUGCAUUCCAUGACUACCCAGGUGUUGCCCAACUGGCACAGCAUUGGCCAUGAUGACCCCUGGGUGUCAAGACAUGCCUGGCGCAAGCAGGUUCGUGCCUGGGAGGCGUUGGGUGACAAUUCCUGUGAUCUCCCUGUUGUUCCUAAUCCUUCCACUGGCCCACUGACUGUCAACCUUCCAUCUCCACCUGUCCCUUCCCUGCACCUGUUCUUCCCUCCCCUCCCGUCGUCGCCGGCAAUGUUGCUGGCGGUUGCUGUUGACCUUGAGCCGGAAGUCGGAGGGAGCAGCAAGAGGAAGUCUCCCAUGAUUUCUGGACACUCCUCCCAACCUCCAAAGUCAGUGAUGAAGGGUCGCAAGCACAUCAAGUCACCUCGACUCGCCAAGUCGAAGCCGUUUGUGGAGUCGGAAGAUGAUGAGGAAACAAUUGUUCAGCCGAUUUUGCGUGGAGUGCCAGAGGUCAUCCUUCCCCAGCUCUCCACCAUUGUUGUAAGGAUGCCCCAGUUGCCUCGGUCACCUGGUUCCCCCAAGAAGCAAUCAUUUGGGCCUGCUUUGCUGACUGCUGGCAGUUGUCCGGAGGUCAUGAAAUCUCCCAUCAGUCAACCAGAGGCUCUGGCAACCUCCGGCAGUCGUCCGGAAGUCGUUGAGUCCUCUGAUGGUACUUCCAGUGCUUUGGAUGGUGAACCUCCGGCCAAUCCCACAUUUGAUAUCACCAUUCCCGGCCCAAACAACCCCUGCCAUUAUUGCGUAAAGGAGGAUUGGCCCUGUGCAACUUGUUUAGACAAGAGGUCCAGUCACCCCUGCUUGUCUUGCAUCCGCUGCUCCACCAAAAAGAUCAAAUGCAACCCUGCAUCUCUGGGAUCCCCGCCCAAACACACCCGAGGGAAGUCUACCACUGGUCGGAUGUGUUCCAAGACACCUGCCCCUGCUCCAUCCAAUGCUCCGUCACUGUCGCAGUCAAGGGCCCGAACUCAUAGUCGAUCUCGUGGCCUGUCCCGCACUCCGGCCAUCCCUGCUGCAAGUACACCCCAGGUGCAGUCACGUGGUCGCAGCAAGACCAUCACUGCCAAGAAGACACCUGCACCUGCACCUGCACCUGCACCAGCUCCUGUUCCGUCUUUGAGCUUCGCAGUGCCUCGUGCAGCACUUGAUGUUCCCAUGCCGGAUCUCCAUUCCAUGGCAAUCGCGAUUCGGGAUGGUGCAGCUCGCAUCGCCAUUCUCGAGGCUCGUGUGCGGGAGCAGGAUGAUAAGAUUGAUACCCUGCAAUGCCUCCAUGAGAGCCUCCAGUGUAAGGUGGUUGACCAGCACCCUUCAUUUCCACUUCCGGACACACCUGCCAAUGCAACAAUCUUGCUUGAUCAAUCCGGUCCCCUGUCCAUGUCACCCCUCCCCUCCGAACUUUUUAACCUCAUUGAUUUGGACAUGUCAGUCAUGGAACCCACACCCUUGACGGUUGAGGAUGGAUCUGCUAUGGUAGGUCUCAUGGUUGAGCCCACCCAAGUUCAGCCUGAGGGUCCACAAUCCUCCGGCGAAAUUGUGGUCCCAGAUGAUCCAGGCAACCUCUUGCCAGAAUAUAAUUCUUCUGAUGAGGAGAUGGAUGUUGAGGUGAAGGUUGAGCGUCCUGGUGAGGAGGUUGAAAUGGCUACAUAG